CACACGUGCGCACGGGAUCCGGCUUCGCUCCGCGGCUCCCCCGCCCCGCCGAGUUCCGCGAUCAGCACCCGGGACAGCGCCAUCGCCCACGUGCGGGGGGCGGGGUCCGGGCGGGGCUGGCGCCUCCGCGUCUCCCGGGAGCGUCCCGUCCAGCCGCCCGAGCAGGGUGCUUGAGUGCCUCUGCAGAAAAGACUCUAGGAAUCCGCCACCAUGUUCCCGGAGCCCCCAACCCCGGGGCCUCCAUCGCCCGACACGCCUCCCGACUCCAGUCGCAUCAGCCACGGCCCCGUGCCCCCCUGGGCCCUGGCCACCAUCGUGCUGGUCUCAGGCCUCCUCGUCUUGAGCUGCUGUUUCUGUCUCUACCGGAAGCGCUGUCGGAGGCGGACGGGCAAGAAGAGCCAGGCCCAAGCCCAGGUCCACCUUCAGGAAGUGAAGGGGCUGGGCCAGAGUUACAUAGACAAGGUGCAGCCAGAAGUGGAGGAGCUGGAGCCAGCACCAUCCGGGCCAGGGCAGCAGGUGGCAGACAAGCAUGAGCUAGGACGACUGCAGUACUCCCUGGAUUAUGACUUCCAGAGUGGCCAGCUGCUGGUGGGCAUUCUGCAAGCAGAGGGAUUGGCAGCCUUGGAUCUGGGUGGCUCCUCGGACCCCUACGUGCGGGUCUACCUGCUGCCGGACAAACGGAGGCGGUACGAGACCAAGGUGCAUCGGCAGACACUGAACCCUCACUUUGGGGAAACCUUUGCCUUCAAGGUCCCCUACGUGGAGCUGGGGGGCAGGGUGCUGGUCAUGGCGGUGUACGACUUCGACCGCUUCUCUCGCAACGACGCCAUCGGGGAGGUGCGGGUCCCCAUGAGCUCCGUGGACCUGGGGCGGCCGGUGCAGACCUGGCGGGAGCUGCAGGCUGCUCCGCGGGAGGAGCAGGAGAAACUUGGGGACAUCUGUUUCUCCCUCCGCUAUGUACCCACGGCCGGGAAGCUCACGGUCAUCGUCCUGGAGGCUAAAAACCUGAAGAAGAUGGACGUAGGAGGACUGUCAGAUCCAUACGUCAAGGUCCACCUGCUGCAGGGCGGCAAAAAGGUGCGGAAGAAGAAAACCACCAUCAAGAAGAACACUCUGAACCCCUAUUACAACGAAGCUUUCAGCUUCGAGGUGCCCUGUGACCAAGUCCAGAAGGUGCAGGUGGAGCUGACCGUGCUGGACUACGACAAGCUGGGCAAGAACGAGGCCAUCGGGAGGGUGGCCGUGGGGGCGGCCGCCGGCGGGGCUGGCCUGCGCCACUGGGCGGACAUGCUGGCCAACCCGCGGCGGCCCAUUGCCCAGUGGCACUCGCUGCGGCCGCCGGACCGAGUGAGGCUGCUGCCUGCGCCCUGACUGCCACCCGAAGCCCCUGGCCAAGCCUGGACUCUAGCCCCUGACCCCAGACUCCCGAGACCGGCCAAAGCCAAGCCAACCCUAGCCGUAAGCUUCCUCUGCCCAUUACCCUCCCCCGACCUUCCACCCCAGCCAUCUGAACCAUUCCUGUCUUCUCACCCCCAACGGUGCCAAUCACGACAAUGGUCCAGCACACUCCCCCGACCCCCGCGGAUACACCCAGAUGCCCCAGGGACCCCUGGGAAGGAAAGGCAGCCUGGUUUCUCCUGCCCCUGGGUCCUGCUCCCUGCUUUGACAAUCAGCCAUCCUCAUCUGCUCUCCUCUCUCUUCCAACACAGCCCGUCCCUGCACUGCUCCUGGGGCCAAAUAAAUUUUCAGCAACUC